AUGGAUGAAUUGAUAAGAGGUCCUGGUAUCAGUCUGAUGUGUAAAAAAAAAAGAGCCCAAACCUCAAAGCAUCUUAAGAGUUUUAUUGAAACAAUGUCUUCCUCAAAGCAAUCCCCAACUUCAAGUGACAACGAUGAUCAUUAUGAAACUGAUCAUGGUGAAACUGAUUACUCUGGAGGUAUCGAUCCUAGAAGUAUCCACUAUAAGAAUGAAACAAUUAAAGGUGCUCAAGCUGAAUCAGUUCCUCCAAAGGAUGGUGAAGAAGUCUCUCUUGUUAGAAUUAUUGAAAGACAACAUGCAACAGACAUUAAACUUGACAAGAUCAUUGAAAUACUUUCCGAAGUUAAAGAAGGUAAUGCACGCUUAUCCAGAGCUGAGAAUGAUGCUCGGCUUACAGCUAGUAUGAAAAACGCAGCAGCUAGCAUGAUUGAUGUUGGUCAGAACAAUGGUGUUACUACCCCAACUAGUGAUAAUUAA